ACACUCCUGUCAAUCAAAGUUGAAAUCAAUUCUUGGAAGUGGCGUUUUGACCAGGAGUGCAGAUUAAACUAUCGUUUGCCGCUCGGAGAAGUAUUCGAUCCACUGUUCAGCUAAAAGUUCACAAGAAUUUACAAGAAUGGGGAAUAGCGUGACUUGGUAUCAGCUAAAAAUGCCUUGUCCCAUCAAAGGCUGCCCAAACAGUGAAAGGUGCUUGGACUGGGUUUGCUCCGCUGACGGCUACACCAUGUACGUUUGCGAGAAAGGUCGACUGUCAUGUGGCGGGUCACAUGACGCGGAGAUAGUGAACUGGAAAUUUGACUGUGGGGAUCGGGACGGUCCACACAAAAAUGUCCACCUUUUGUACGCUGAUCUUGAAGGCUUCGCGCACGCUAUGGCAAUCGGGGUUGCACAUCUCAAUAGAGCAGGUGCUGACUGGGUGAAGCAGUUAGUCGAUGAAGUGGAGAGACAGUACAAGAGGUGAUAUUGAGAGACAACUAUAACCACACCGGAAGUUGUUCUUUGGGUAUCGUAGAACUA